AUGGCAUACAACUUGGGUAGACCAUCAGGAGGAGAUUCACCAUUCGCAAUCGGAGAUCGAGCAUUGAGAGAUACUUCAUCGCCUCAACCACCUUCCCAACGAAAUCCAACACCUCGACAACAACAGAAUAUGGGUCCUCCACAGCCUGGACAAAUGACGUUGCCAAGUCCAUACGGAAGUGCCAGUGACGAAGCUAAAAGAAGAUAUGAAGAGAGAUACGCAAAGAAAAGAGCGGAAGAAGCUGCUGCUAAAUCCCAAUCUCAUCCUGAAUCUUCGUCUCAACAACAACCACAACAACCACAACAACCACAACAACCCCCAGGUGGAUACCACCUGCCUCCACCACCCCUCCCAGCGCCACGUCAUCAGCAACAACAGCAGGUGUAUCAUAACGGUCCUCCUCCACAACACCAACAGCAAGGACCCCCGAGACAACAGUUCACUUCACCUCCACCACAGCAAGGAGGUUUCGAUCCUAGACAAGUACAACAUUACCCACCACCUCAGCAGCAUCAACAACAACAAGGUCAACAACAGACAGGUGGCGCAUAUGGCCAACGUCCACAAUCAUUGCAGCGUCCUACACAAGGAUACCAAUCACCACCGCCUCAACAACAUCAACCUCCCCCUCCUCAACAACAAAGACCACCUUCGCAACAACAGCGAUGGAGUAAUACCCCUCAAGGAGGACAAGGACAAGGUCAAUACAAUCAACCUCCCCCACCUCAACAGCAACAACAAUGGCAACAAUCACAUAGUCCUCCACCACCUCAACCACCUGCAGGAGCGGAUGAUGCUGAGCUUCAGCGAAUGUUCGGACAGUUCGAUUCUUCGCGUUCGGGUCAAUUGAGCGCAUAUGAUUUGCAAAGAUUGCUGGCGAAAGACACCAUGAUGGAUGCGAGGGAGGAUGCAGUGAAGAUGCUCAUGAACAUAUUUGAUACUGAUCGAAGUGGAAGUAUAAACUUCAUGGAGUUCGAGGGAUUGUAUAGAUAUAUUCAGGAUUGGCACGGCAUUUUCCGUCGAUUCGAUCGCGAUAAUUCCGGUUUGAUAGAUCGUAAAGAGCUUCAUAAUGCUUUACUAGGUUUCGGAUUCUCUUUACCUAAAGAAAUGGUUAUCAAACUGGAGAAAAGGUUCGCUCCUCCACCCGUAUCAGGACAAGCCUCAAGUAGAGGUAUAAGCUUUGAUAGAUUCUUGAUGGCUUGUGUCACUGUAAAACACUAUACAGAAGGCUUCAGGAGACUUGAUCCAAAUGGCCAAGGUCACAUUACUUUGGAUUAUAAUUCAUUCAUGGAAAUGGUCCUUGAUGCUCCUAGCUAA